UGGAAAGAAAGGGAUUCCGCCGCCGCCGCCACCGCCACCGCGCAUCCAGCCGCCUCCGCCACCGCGCGUCCGCGCCUCUCCGCGUGCGCCUCCCCCGAUCACCUUUCUUCUUCAAUUCAGGCAUUAGGGCCCCGCGCCCGAGCGCCUCCUCCGGCGGCUCCCCGCCCUCGUUGCCGCUCCAGGAAGCAUCGCCGCCCCGACCCGCAACUGCCAGCGCCUUCCGCUAUGCUCGCCGUGCGCCCAAGCCGCUGCCGCGCCUCCUUCUUCCCGCACCACCGCGCCUCAUCCCCGUGCCUGCAGGCUGCAGCUCCGAGCCGGUACCGAGAAAAUGGACCCAAAUGGCAGUGGCCUACCAUGGUCAGGCUCGCGAGCUGCACCGAGCCUCACCGAGCUGGCGAAAAAUCUCGGGCCGAGCUCUGUUUCAUAGCUCGCCGCGGAGCAACGAUCGGCUCGGGAACUGACGAGCUUUCCAAACCUCCGCGCACUCAUCGCCCACUUGUAAAGGUCUGUUCCUUUUUUCAUAAAAAAGAAACUUUGGGUUGUCCAUUAGCAGCACCAGUUGGGUCUUUGAGUGGAAGUUCGGCCAAACCACACUAAUAACUGCACAUAUAUGAGCAGCUGCAACGUAAUUGGUGAGCGGACGAGUAGGAGCAGCACAAUGCCCAUCCCAUAUCUUUUCAUCCUCCUACUAGUUCUAUCACCCUUUUCUGCAGCUGCCGUCGGCACUUCUUCUCCCAACAGCAAUGGCAGCGACACAGACCUUGCCGCUCUUCUGGCUUUCAAAGCCCAGCUCUCCGACCCUCUUGGUGCCCUUGCCGGCAACUGGACAACUGGCACAUCAUUCUGCCACUGGGUCGGCAUCUCAUGCAGCCGUCGUAGGGAGCGCGUCACCGUUCUGUCGCUGCCGGAUAUACCUCUCUAUGGACCGAUCACACCUCACCUCGGUAACCUUUCUUUCCUCUCUGUCCUCAAUCUCAACAGCACAAACAUCACGGGCUCUAUCCCACAUGAUUUAGGCCGACUACAUCGCCUCGAAUUCCUGAGACUUGGCAACAAUGGCCUGUCAGGUAGCAUCCCUCCUACUAUAGGAAACCUCAGGAGGCUUCAAGUUCUUGACCUGAGGUUGAACCUUCUCUCUGGUUCAAUCCCAGUAGAGCUAAGGAACCUGCACAAUCUUGUCUACAUAAAUCUCAAGGCAAAUUACAUUAGCGGCUCUAUACCCACUGACAUAUUCAACAAUACCCCUAUGUUAACCUAUUUAAACUUCGGCAACAACAGCCUGUCAGGAUCAAUACCAUCCUACAUCGGCUCCUUGCCAGUGCUCCAGUACCUUAUUAUGCAAUUCAAUCAACUCACCGGUGUAGUGCCUCCAGCCAUUUUCAACAUGUCUAAACUACAGAGUAUCAUUCUCAGCAAAAACUACCUAACUGGUUCUUUCCCUACCAAUGGAAGUUUCAGUCUUCCUAUGUUGCAAAUUUUCAGCAUGGGAGAGAACAAUUUCACUGGCCAGAUUCCAUCGGGCCUUGCAUCUUGUCAAUACCUCAAAGUCAUUUCCUUCCCUGUUAAUUCAUUUGAAGGUGUUGUGCCGACAUGGCUAGGCAAGUUGACUCGUCUCUUUUGGCUUUCCAUUGGCGAGAAUGAUCUUUUUGGGUCAAUCCCUACUAUACUUAGCAACCUCACUUCGCUAAAUCUCCUUGACCUGGGAUCCUGCAAGCUAACAGGAGCCAUUCCAAUAGAACUUGGACACUUGAGUGAACUGUCACAAUUGAAUCUUUCAGACAACGAGCUAACAGGACCAAUUCCUGCUCCUCUUGAUAAUCUAACUGAAUUAGCAAUCCUAAUGUUGGACAAAAACAUGUUGGUUGGAUCAGUACCUAGAACAAUUGGUAACAUAAACUCUUUGGUGCAUCUUGAUAUUUCAACAAACUGCCUACAAGGGGAUCUCAGCUUCUUAUCUGUUUUUUCUAAUCUUCCAAAUCUCCAAUAUCUUAGCAUCGAGUCAAAUAAUUUCACGGGUAGCCUCCCUGGUUAUGUAGGGAAUCUAUCAAGUCAGCUGCAAAUCUUUUUAGCGAGUGGAAUCGGGUUAGUUGGAGAACUUCCUACCACAAUUUCAAAUUUAACUAGCCUCUUUGUGCUAGAUCUUUCACGAAACCAACUUUACAGUGCAAUUCCACAGUCCAUCAUGAUGAUGAAAAAUCUACAAUGGCUUGACCUGAGUGAAAACAAUUUGUUUGGCUCCAUCCCAUCUCAGAUUGCCAUGCUCAAGAAUCUAGACCAUUUUCUUCUCUCUGACAACAAAUUCACUGGUUCCCUACCAGAAAACAUCAGUAACCUCACUAAGUUAGAAGUUCUCAUCUUAUCUGGAAACCAUUUAACGUCAACUAUGCCACCAAGUUUGUUUCAUAUUGAUAGCCUACUACACCUAGAUCUGUCUCAAAACUCUAUGAGUGGAGCACUUCCAUUUGAUGUAGGCUAUUUGAAACAAAUUUUUAGAAUCGAUCUCUCUACCAAUCACUUUGUUGGUAGGUUCCCAGAUUCGAUUGGACAGCUCCAGAUGUUAACCUACUUGAACCUAUCACAAAAUUCCUUCUCUGAUUCAAUUCCAAACUCUUUCAACAAACUAAUCAGCUUGGAAACUUUGGACCUCUCCCACAAUGAUCUCUUUGGUACCAUCCCAAAUUACCUGGCCAAUUUUACCAUCCUCACUAGUUUGGACCUGUCUUUCAAUAAUCUAAAAGGUCAGAUACCCAAUGGAGGGAUCUUCUCAAACAUUAGCCUACAAUCCUUGAUGGGAAACUCAGGUCUUUGUGGGGCUUCACAUUUAGGUUUUUCAGCAUGUCCAAGUAACUCACAAAAAACAAAAGGUGGCAUGCUGAAAUUUUUACUCCCUACCAUUAUCAUAGUGAUUGGUGUUGUAGCUUCCUGCUUGUAUGUAAUGAUAAGAAAGAAUCAGCAAGGGAUGACAGUUUCUGCUAGUAUGGUUGACCUGACAAGUCAUCCUUUGGUGCCAUAUCAUGAGCUUGCUCGCGCUACAAAUAACUUCAGUGAGAGCAACCAACUGGGGUCUGGAAGCUUUGGAAAAGUUUUUAAGGGGCAACUAAACAACGGUUUGGUGGUUGCAAUAAAAGUCCUGAACAUGCAACUGGAGCAGGGCAUGAGAAGCUUUGAUGCCGAGUGCCAGGUGCUCCGUAUGGCACGGCAUCGCAACCUGAUAAAGAUACUCAACACAUGUUCCAACCUGGACUUCAGAGCACUAGUGCUUCAGUACAUGCCCAACGGCACCUUAGAUGCACUCCUGCACCACUCUCAAAGCACAAGGCACUUGGGGUUAUUGGAGAGGCUAGGCGUUGUGCUUGACGUGGCUAUGGCGAUGGAGUAUCUACACCAUGAGCACUAUGAGGUGGUCUUGCACUGUGACUUGAAGCCCAGCAAUGUGUUAUUUGACGAGAACAUGACCGCUCAUGUAGCAGACUUCGGCAUCGCAAGGUUGCUACUUGGUGAUGAGACCUCUCUGAUCUCUGCGAGCAUGCCUGGGACAGUUGGGUACAUGGCACCAGAGUACGGAUCACUUGGAAAAGCAUCAAGAAAGAGCGACGUGUUCAGCUAUGGCAUCAUGCUCCUUGAAGUCUUCACUAGAAGGAGACCCACUGAUGCCAUUUUCGUUGGGAAUCUAACUAUGAGGCAGUGGGUUUUCGAGGCGUUCCCUGCCGAGCUUGUCCAUGUUGUGGAUGACGACCUGCUGCAAGGACCUUCUUCUAGAUGCAGCUGGGAACUCUUUCUUGUGCCACUAUUCGAGCUGGGUUUACUCUGCUCGAGCGACUCUCCUGACCAAAGGAUGACGAUGACGGAUGUGGUCAUCAAGCUGAAGAAGAUCAAAGUGGAGUAUACCAAAUGGAGUGCAAGUGCAACCCAAUGAUUGAUCACAAUUUUUCCUAUGCGUGGAUGAGUCUUUCCAGGGCUACGAAUAACAUGACGUGCUACAAAGUACUGACCUAAUUCUGCAGUCAUGAGACUCUUGUUGGAGAUAAAAUGGGAACAUUGACAAUAAUGUUUUCAGCUGUUUGCAUCGUAAGACGUACAGCGAGUUGCUGCGUCUUUCUAGGUGAUCUCUCUUGCUCUCUCCAUCCCAAAUUAAGUGACUUGUAUAAUAAUCUAUACAAAUCCAAGUCACUUGUUUGGGACGGAGGGAGUAUUUUUAUUCCUGCCUCUGUUCUGUUGGCGUUCUUUUCUUUCUGAAAACUAUGCUGUUGGCAUUCUGUCGUACGAAGCAACAGUUCAUAGCUGUUCCUGGGAGCGUAACGGCAUGCAGUUCUGAUGUCUGGCCAGGUGACCCAUGCGGCAAUAAUAAGAAUUUGUUGGUUCACUC